GCGGGCAGGCCCGGAGCAAGAUGGCGCUGCGGCCGGGAACCGGAGCUGGCGGCGGCGGGGCCGCGGGAGCCGGCGCGGGGGCCGCAGGGGGAGGCAGCUUCAUGUUUCCUGUUGCAGGUGGAAUAAGACCCCCUCAAGCAGGCUUGAUGCCGAUGCAGCAACAAGCAUUUCCUAUGGUUUCUGUCAUGCAGCCUAAUAUGCAAGGCAUGAUGGGAAUGAAUUACAGCUCUCAAAUGUCCCAGGGACCUAUUGCUAUGCAGGCAGGGAUACCAUUGGGACCAAUGCCAGCAGCGGGAAUGCCUUACCUGGGACAAGCACCAUUCCUGGGCAUGCGUCCUCCAGGCCCACAAUACACUCCAGAUAUGCAGAAGCAGUUUGCUGAAGAGCAGCAAAAACGAUUUGAACAGCAGCAAAAACUCUUAGAAGAAGAAAGAAAAAGACGCCAGUUUGAGGAGCAGAAGCAGAAGCUCAGACUUCUGAGUAGUGUGAAACCCAAGACAGGAGAGAAGAGCAGAGAUGAUGCUUUGGAAGCCAUAAAAGGAAACUUAGAUGGAUUUUCCAGAGAUGCUAAGAUGCACCCUACUCCAGCAUCGCACCCCAAGAAACCAGAUUGUCCCACAUCAUCUCAUUCUACUAAAACUGUCUCCCCAUCACCUGCCUUUCUUGAUGAUGAAGAAUUCAGUGACUUUAUGCAGGGGCCUGUUGAAGUUCCCACAUGUGGGCCUUCUUCCACAACCCAGUCCUUUCAGUCUUUCCAUCCCAUCGCCCCACUUGGCCAGUUGCAUACACAGAAGGCCAGGGCCCAGCCUCUCCCUCCAGGUCAGAUUCCAGUGUCUUUUGCCUUACAUGGUGUCCCUGGGCAAAUUCCUUAUUUCUCCACUACUUCAGCUUCACACAAUGUACAGAAAGCAGGCCCUUCCUUGGAAGAGAAGCUCCUAGUAUCUUGUGAUAUAAGUACAUCUGGGCAGGAACAAAUUAAAUUACAUACUUCUGAAGUUGGGCACAAAGCCCUAGGCCCAGGUUCCAGUAAGAACCAUCCCAGUUUAACAGCCAAUAACGGGGGUGCUGUAGAUGGAUGUGUAAGUGGUACCACUACUGCAGAGGCAGAAAAGACUUCAGACCAAAACCUGUCAAUUGAAGAGAGUGGUGUGGGAGUAUUUCCCUCACAGGAUCCUGUUCAGCCCAGAAUGCCUCCCUGGAUUUACAAUGAAAGUUUGGUACCAGAUGCGUACAAGAAAAUUUUAGAAACCACAGUGAGUGCAACUGGAAUAGAUACUGCUAAACUUUAUCCCAUUCUGAUGUCAUCUGGACUUCCCAGGGAAACUCUUGGACAAAUAUGGGCCUUAGCUAAUCGAACUACACCUGGCAAACUUACUAAAGAAGAACUUUAUACCGUUCUCGCCAUGAUAGCAGUAACACAGAGGGGCGUUCCUGCCAUGAGUCCUGAUGCUUUAAACCAGUUCCCAGCAGCUCCUAUUCCAACUUUAAGUGGCUUUCCUAUGACUCUGCCUACCCCAGUGGGUCAGCCGACUGUGAUAACUUCAGGCCCUGCAAGCUCCAUGCCUCUCAGCCUCGGACAGCCAGUCAUGGGCAUUAACCUUGUUGGACCAGUGAGUGGAGCUGCAGCCCAGACUUCUAGUGGCUUCAUGCCAGCUUACGCUGCGAAUCAGGUGGUAAAGCCAGAAGAAGACGACUUCCAGGAUUUUCAAGAUGCUUCUAAGUCAGGAUCCCUUGAUGACUCGUUCAGUGAUUUUCAGGAGUUGCCUGCUUCUUCAAAAACAAAUAAUUCCCAGCAUGGAAACAGUGCCCCUUCUUUGUGGAUGCCACUUCCUGGAACUACAGCAUUGGCUUCACGGGAUAAAUACGCUGUGUUUAAAGGAAUUACAGCUGACAAGACCUCUGAAGAUACUGUUCCACUUGGAGAGCCUGGUGAUAAAUAUAGUGCUUUCAGGGAACUCGAACAGACAGCAGAAAAUAAAUCUUUAGGAGAAAGCUUUGCAGAAUUCAGAUCUACAGGAACUGAUGAUGGUUUCACUGAUUUUAAAACAGCCGAUAGUAUAUCACCACUAGAGCCACCAAUGAAAGACAAAAGUUUUCCAGCAUCCUUCCCCUCAGGAACUAUACAACAGAAACAACAAACACAAGUGAAAAACCCUCUGAACUUAGCAGACCUAGAUAUGUUUUCCUCAGUUAAUUGCAGCAGUGAGAAACCAUUGUCUUUUUCAGCUACGUUUAGUACUUCAAAAUCAGUCUCCACACGACCACAGUCAACAGGUUCUGCUGCAGCUACAACAGCAUUGACAUCAACUAAAACUUCUAGUUUGGCUGAUGAUUUUGGAGAGUUCAACCUUUUUGGAGAAUAUUCUAGUCCAGCAUCUGUUGGGGAACAAGAUGACUUUGCAGAUUUUAUGGCUUUCAGUAAUAGCUCUGUUUCAUCUGAGCAAAAGGCAGAUGACAAAUAUGGUGCCCUUAAAGAGGAAGCUAGUCCUGUUCCUCUAACCAGUAAUUCGGGCAGCAUAGGGAAGAGCGGACAAAAUCCAACUGCUGCAUCUAGCAAGUAUGAUGUCUUCAAACAACUUUCUCUCGAAGGAUCUGGACUAGGUGUUGAAGACCUGAAAGAUAACACUCCUUUAGGAAAAAGUGAUGAUGAUUUUGCUGACUUCCACUCCAAUAAAUUUUCUUCCCUGAACUCCGACAAAUCCCUGGGAGAAAAAGCAGUGGCUUUCAGACACACCAAAGAAGACUCUGCUUCAGUGAAGUCCUUGGAUCUCCCUUCCAUUGGUGGCAGCAGUGUUGGCAAGGAGGACUCAGAAGAUGCACUUUCUGUUCAGUUUGACAUGAAAUUGGCUGAUGUGGGAGGAGAUCUUAAGCAUGUCAUGUCUGAUAGCUCUUUGGAUUUACCAACAGUUAGUGGCCAGCAUCCUCCUGCUGCAGAUAUAGAGGACUUAAAAUAUGCUGCUUUUGGAAGCUACAGUAACAAUUUUGCAGUGAGCACACUUACAAGCUAUGACUGGUCAGACAGGGAUGAUGCAUCUCAGGGCAGAAAACUCUCUCCAUUUGUCCUCUCAGCAGGAAGUGGAUCCUUCUCAGCUGCCUCAGUUCUUCAAAAGAAAGAGACUUCAUUUGGCAGUUCUGAAAACGUCACCAUGACAUCUCUGUCCAAAGUAACGACCUUUGCAAGUGAAGAUGCUCUUUCAGAGACUACCUUCCCAGCUUUUGCCAGUUUUAAAGAUGUGAUUCCACAGAACGGUGAGCAAAAAGAAUAUGAAAGUGGGGACUAUAAAGAUUUCACAAGACAGGACCUUCCUACAGCUGAACAGAGCCAAGAGGUCACAUGUCCAAGCCCAGCUUCCAGGAGCACCUCUCAUGAAACCCCCAAAGAAUGUCUAGAUGACUUUGGAGAGUUCCAAAGUGAAAAGCCCAAAAUCAGCAAAUUUGACUUUUUAGUAGCCAAUUCGCAAAGCAAAAUGAAAUCCAGUGAAGAAAUGAUCAAGAGUGAGCUGGCGACCUUUGAUCUUUCUGUUCAAGGAUCACACAAGAGGAGUUUGAGCCUUGGUGAUAAAGAAAUAACCCGUUCUUCUCCUUCUCCGGCUUUGGAGCAGCCUUUCAGAGACCGUUCCAACACUCUGAGUGAGAAGCCAGCUCUGCCUGUCAUCCGUGACAAGUACAAAGAUCUGACGGGAGAAGUGGAGGAGAAUGAGAGAUAUGCAUAUGAAUGGCAGAGGUGCCUGGGGAGUGCCUUGGAUGUCAUAAAGAAGGCAAAUGAUACUUUAAAUGGAAUAAGUAGUAGUUCUGUUUGCACAGAAGUAAUUCAGUCAGCUCAAGGCAUGGAAUAUUUGCUAGGUGUUGUUGAAGUGUACAGGGUAACCAAACGUGUGGAGCUGGGGAUAAAAGCCACUGCAGUGUGCAGUGAGAAACUCCAGCAGUUGCUGAAGGACAUCGACAAAGUAUGGAAUAACCUAAUCGGCUUCAUGUCACUGGCCACACUCACACCAGAUGAAAAUUCGCUGGAUUUUUCCGCCUGUAUGCUACGGCCAGGGAUUAAAAAUGCUCAGGAACUUGCUUGCGGGGUGUGCCUGUUAAACGUGGACUCCAGGAGCCGGAAAGAAGAGAAGGCUGCAGAAGAACAUCCUAAAAAAGCAUUCAACUCAGAAACAGAUAGUUUCAAGCUGGCAUAUGGAGGGCACCAGUAUCAUGCCAGCUGUGCCAACUUCUGGAUCAACUGUGUUGAACCGAAACCUCCUGGCCUCAUCCUGCCUGAUUUGCUUUGAAAAAAAAAUUCCUGCUCAUCUCCACUGGACAAUGGCAGGCCGGUGAGAGCAGAUUUACCAAGGUUGCUAUUACAGUCGAACCAAUUCUCGACUUCUUUCCUUCAUUUCUGAAACUGUCAACUGUUGAGAAGACUUUUUCCCAAAACAUACCUGGGCACUUUGCAGUGAAGAACAUUUAUUUUGACAGAGGCCCGAAUCCUGUGUAUUAGGAUGAAUAUCCUUCCCCUUAAGAGCCUUCACUGAAAACCUGUUUUGCCUCACACAAAGACUGUGAACAUGAUACUUUUUCAGGCAAGAUUUGGAAAGGCAGCACAAUGGAAUCUCUUUGCAGUGGCCCAUCUCCAGAUUUCCAAAGAUGUCUUCAUACGGACCAACACUGCCUGACUUUGCAGUAUCUAUGAGAGACCUGAAAAUUAAUUUAGAGCAAGAAGGUAAGAGUUCCCACCCUAGUGAGGAGACAAGUAAGAUGUGGGUUUAUGGUAGAGAGAUACAUGACUUAGAAGCACUGGAAGGAUAUUGUUCAGAAACAGCACUGAAUUUUAGAAGGAAAAGGCUCAUGUUUUCUGGUAUAGAGAAUUUUCUUUGCCAUUUAAACGGAAUGCAUAAAAUCAGGGGGGGAAAAGCCAAAUGGUUAAGGGCUGAUAUUCCGAGUAUUCCUAGGAAGAACAUCCAAUUCCUAGGACACACAGUUUUCUGAAUUGUUGAUUAUGUGCUUUGUGUAGAGAUUCUGAAUCUUGCGUGCUUCACUUUGUAUGACUUAGGCUCUCUGACCUAGACUUAGUUUUCAUUUCUAAGCUGAAAAAGUGGGUUUUGUCUAUAUAAUUGCUGCUUUUACAUAAUUAAUUAAUUUUCCCCUUGAGGGAAUGCUGUCUUGUUUCAUCUUACACCUUUUAUUUUCUCCAGGAAAGGUGUAGAACAUUUUCUUUAAACAGUUGCUGUGCUGAAGAGGCUUCUCCUUUACCUUGCUGUAUACCAGCAUGCACAGAGAAGCAUUGAGGAGAUAAAUUUUUCUCACUUGCUCCAGAUGACACCAUCUCCACCUAUUAAUGACUGAUAGCUAUCUCUGAAUUAUCCCUUUCAGAGCCUUUCCUGCCACGGGUCUGAUGGAGUGUUUUUAACAACACAGAUGGGCUGGUUUUUAGCAGGCUUUUCCUGCGGCCCCUGUGCUCCGCUUCACCCUGGGUGGCACCCGUGUUUCAACAUGGCACAAGAAAUCAAGCAGGCUUCAAAUUGGUCCUGUAAAUUCCGUAAUAGAACUAUGAUAUGAUAACAGAAUCUACCUUUGCCAUAAGGAUUUAUUGCAAGUUUCCCAGUUUGACAGAAUUUAUAUUGCUGAAACAUUUUUUUGGAAAUGUUGUAUGGACUAUUAUUUUGUCAUAAUGGCCUGUAUCAAAGACAUUUUAAAUAGUACGUUCAGGCUGGCCGGUUAGCUCAGUGGGUUAGAGCGCAGUGUUGAUAACACCAAGGUCAAGGGUUUGGAUCCCUGUACCGGCCAGCUGCCAAAAAAAAAAAAAAUCAAAUAACAAAAGUACACUCACCUGUUAACUAGAUCAGUUUCCAUUCCUAGAUUUUAAGAAUGCUGCAGAUAAAAUUCCUAAGUACAGUUUUCUUCUUCUUCCGCCUCUCCUUUCCUUUCCUUCCUUCCUUUCUCCUCCUCCUUCCCCUUCUCCUCCUGUUAACCACUUCCCUCUCUCAGCUGCUUGACCCCCGCCCUGCCCCACAUGUAACUGCUGUCCAGGACUUGAAAUACGCACUGAGGAAGUAUAAUCACUGCUGUCCUGACAGUAUGAUAGGUUUAGUCACUCCUUGCGAGGUGCAAGAGGAAAAUUCAGCAGACAUCAACAAAAAGCCCUUGCUAUGAGAAGUAUUCACUACUGUUAAUGAUCUGUUUAAUACUUGAAAUGUUUAAUUAGAUGCCACCAAUAAGGAUUUGGGAAGGGUAGAAUACCAUUGUGCUGAUUUUCUUUAUUUAUACACGUUUAUUAAAAUGACUCAACACUGCAUUCAGCUUCACCUCAGCUCUUGUUAGCCAAGAGCCCAGUGUCCUUGGAAACAGUAACCAAGGUUACUUAUUUCCAUACCGUGUAUUGUGUCAGGUGGCUCCAGCCCACUGCUUGAAUGGCGAUUAAUAAGCACUUUUCUUUUCUGAUAUUGUGUUUUGCCUUUAAAAUUUUUAGGGCUCACUGUGUAAUUUAGUUUUUGUCUGGACAUGCUUGAAAUAGAAGAGGUACGAGGUACAGAGUAUAUUAGGAUGUUAUUUAUGCUUUAUUUUUCCUGUGGCUACUAGUUAGCAUCCCCUGUGAGUUGCAUAUUUUUAAAUUAUUUGAAUAUUUUGUGUACAUAUACAUAGUUGGGUUUGUUCGUUUUUGCACUUAUUUUAUUAAAGAUGCCUACUUAAAUAAUUAGUGUUCUUAAGCUUUCAAAAGAUUAUCAAGGGCUAUAUGUUAUAUCGCUCGCUCUGAACUAGGGAGCACUACUCGCUCUGAACUAGGGAGCACUACUAAAAUUCCCCUUAACACCUUCUAGGUCAAACACUUUCUUUUUUGAACAGCUAAUAAACUCUGACAUUUUCAAAGACAUCUGCCAUUCAGAAGAGAGCAUUAUAGCCUGCUGUAGACCAUUCCAGCAAAUGUCAGAAUGCAAGAUGUGUUUAGCCUGUGUUUUUGCAUGUUCAGGUUACUUAGCAUUUCUUUGGAAAACUGUCUAUCUAAUAACAAUAUUGAAAAGCCCUGUCCUUGCAAGGUCAAGCCCAGGAAAUAAAGCUUAAUUUAAGUAAAAACCCUCUCAGGUAAAAAAUGCCCCUUUACAAAUAUUAACAAAAUAUCAUUAUAACAAAAUUUUUACUUAAUUCCUGUAUUUAUAUGUUGAUGUAAACACAGUGUAAGUGGUUAGGAAAAAAAGUAUUCCUGUGUAACAUCUCAUUACUUUGUAGCUGUGGCUGUAUUAACCAGUGAAUGCUGUGGAUCCAUAGUGAAAUGGGUUGUUUUGUGUGUGAUGUGGAAUAUGGUCCUGUAUUUUAGAAGAUGAUGUAGCUUUUUUCCUUUGUUUACAUUUUAAUAAACAA